UUUAUUUAUUUAUUUAUUUAUUUCUCUGCUGGGCUGUGUUGUUUAUUUAUUUAUUUAUUUCUCUGCUGGGCUGUGUUGUUUAUUUAUUCUCUGCGGUUGUUCGGCUGGUCGUCUCCUGUUUCCAUCUUCUGUUUAUGUGAACCCAUUGUGAUCAAUAUGAAUGUGAACCAUGGCUCUUUGUCAUUUAGAGAUCAUCAGGUUACAUAACAAUGUAAAUACAGACAGCAUUGCAGAUGUAAAUACCCACAUUUUGCAUAAAACGUGCAGCAGGCCUGCGACCUUGACAGGGAAGAGGAGCUGCUGUUUAGUUUCCUCAGAUUUGCCUAAAAAAGUCAAUAAUAUGAGGAGAGUUUACUCGACACACACAGUCUGCAGAGCAGCACGAUGAUGAAGAGCAUCUUACUGGUUGUCUUGUGUGUCUCAGGCUGGGACCCCUCCUCCUGCCUCCUCCAUCAGUACCACUAUGUUCCUGAUCGUGUGACCUGGACUGAAGCUCAGACCUACUGCAGACAGAACUACACAGACCUGGCCACCAUCGAAAACACUGAAGAAAGGAACCAAGUUAUUAACACAGUUCCAUCUCUGGGUCCCAGCUUGGCGGUCUGGAUUGGCGUGUACGUUAAUCUGAACUGGAGGUGGUCAGACGGCUACACAGGGACGGGACCGGUCAAUACGGGGUGGAUAAAUUUUAAUCCAGUUCUAAACUCUGAGCCCAAUACCUCCUGUGUUUUAGGUGGAUCAACAUGGCAGACUAGUAACUGUACACUGGGAUAUCCAUUCAUCUGUAAUAAUGGAACACAGCUGGAUCCUGAAUUUGUUUAUGUGAGUCAAACAUUGAGUUGGUUAAGCGCUCAGAGGUACUGCAGGGAGAACUUCACGGACCUGGCCACUGUGAGGAACGACACUGAGAGCCAGAAGGUCCAGAGCCUGAUACCGAGUAGAACCUGGGCAUGGAUCGGUUUGUUCGGAGAUCCUCACACUUACUGGUCUGAUGGGAGUAACUCCUCAUUCAGAUUCUGGUACACAGGUUCACACUCAGUUGACUGGAAGAGUGUCACAUGUGGUCUUUCAGAUGUGUGGAUUUCAGGAAAAUGGCUUUUACUUCCCUGUAACUAUAGAUACGCAUUUGUCUGCUACAGCGUCCCUGUAAUGAAAUGGGCAGUGAAGCUGAGGAUGAAGCUGGAGGACUCCUCUGUGGAUCUGAACGAUCCUGCUGUGAAAGCAGACCUGCUGAAAAAGCUCCAGGACAAGCUGCAGCAGAAAGGAGAGGGUGGAGUCACCCUGAAGUGGAGAGAGCAGACUGAUGGUAAAGUCUUCCACAAAGAUGAAGAUAUGCUCUGAAACUGAAAUCCAACUUGUGUUUCUCUGUAAUCCUUGGUGAAUGUUGAUAUUCUACCUGCUAAUUCACACUAAGAUCAGUGUCUGAAGAGCUAAACCAGAACCCUGAAUCCAUCCUGUAGACCUGUAGUCAUAGGAGGGUUUGUCCCUCAUCAGCAAUGUUACUGAGUGAAGUGUCUUCAAAAUAAAAACAUAAAUGAGACGUGGC